AUGAAGGGGCGUCCAGUCUUUGUACUUAAACGCAACCAGUUCUUUCAGCCUGUUCGGUUCAAAACUCGUUGGAUCUGUAAAGGAUAUGAGGCUGUAUUCAUGCAGGACCCUUUUCACACCUCCUCUCCUACCAUGCGCAUGCAGUCCUUGCGCGUCUUGCUCCAUCUUGGUGCU